UUGCCUGACUGGUCCUCCUCACUGUCAGCGCGCGCUGCUUGGACCCUCCUUGUCAGUCUACUUAUAGGGACCCCGUGAUCAUCCCCACGCAUUUCGUCAGUGUAUGUGGGUAAUUCUUCAUACACACGUCUCAGGGAAAUACACUCCUCCAGGUGAGAUUACAAUCACAUUUAUGUAACCAUCAGUAUUUUAGUCAAUGUUGAAUUUGAAUGUAUUUGUUUGAAAGGGAUGAUUAUGUUUCCAGUACAGAAAGUGAGAGCUUUUGAUACUUUUCAACACGUGUCCCUAUUUGGGCCUUUACAUCUAUUGUAAAGUGGCUUAUUCAGAUACAUAGAACCACAUACAAUAUGUCAGCUCUGAUUUUAUUUUGACCAGAACUUGACCUUUGAACGUUUGAAAGUAAUGUGACCCAUGAAAACAAUUAUACAAAACAUUUCAGGUCAUUAUACCUGAAGGUUUUAAUGUUGAGAAACAUACAGUAGCCAAGAGGGGCAACAACUGAAAAACAACUGAAAAAUAAUAACAAGUUUUCUGCAUAAAUGUCUCCAUGAUCAUGUGUCAUUUAUUUACUUGCAGCUUGUUUGAUAUAAAUGCAGCUGUUUUUGUCUUUUUGCAGUUCAUUUCCUGUAUUUGCAGCACUCUCCAGUCGAUGCUUUUGUAUUUGCACACUUGUAUCUGUUUUUAUCAUUUCUAGAUUUGCUUCACUUUUUUCCUAAUAAACGUUGUGUCUGCUGUUGCAGGUCGGUUGCCCUUGUCAGCCACCACAGAAAGAAGUGGCUUAAAAAAAUAAAAGCUCCUUUCCCUUCUGGAGAUUUCUGGAGCUAUCCCGAUUGAACAAGCUAUCAUAUUACUGCCUACAAGUGUUGUGCUUUAAUUUUAUUGUUAACAUAAUAAAUAUCUUUAACUGUACAUCUGUAGAAUAGUAGAUUCUUUAGAUUGCCUUCUUUGAGAAUUUUUGUCUUCUAGUUCUGUGUACUGUAUGUACAUGGAAAGCCAUGUAAAACUGCAGUGAAGUUCCUUUUACAAACCAGACACACAAAGCUGUAUCUUACUCUGCUUCUGAUUCAUCUUUAAUGUCAGAGAAGAGUUGGAAUGCAACAAGAAUAUGUGAAACUCUUCAGAGACUACAUUUAAACCUCUACACCUGUCCUCUACCAACAGUAUAUAAAUGUAUAGUAUUAUGUUAACAACAAAGUGUGAUAUUUCACUUUGACAUGUUUUCAGCUUCAACUAGAAAGAGUCCAAGAAACAAAAUCUUUUCACACGAUAUUCAUCAGUUACAGCUCUAUACUGUCACUGAGCUCAAACCACAACAAAGCCCCGUCACACGUUGCCUCUCAUAUGCACAGGACUCGCACGUUCCCUUUACGAGGGCUUGUUUCCUACAUGUCACAUUCAAACAUAAAAACAAGCUGAAGUGGAGCACAGUUGUGGGGAAAUGAUGCACCAAUGUAAGUGACCUAUUUCACAUUCUUAGAGCUUUCUUUGGGCAAAUUAAGACUUUUCUUUUAUAAUGGGAUGCUUGUAUGUAGAUCGGGUUGUAAUGCAGAGAAUACCGUCACUCAUUCUGUCUAUUUGGAGGCGAUAACGAUCAACAUUACCUACAGAACUUGAAACACCAUGAAAGUGAUCUCAACUUAAGACGUUAGAUUGAAUUGUUCUAGGCAACAUGAACAUUGACGGCAGACACUCAUGGUUCCUAAUGCCACUGUUUCUGACUGGUGUUAUUUGCAACUGGUGGAAAGUGGAAUAUCAGCAGCAGCAUAUGUGUGCAGUGGAAGGCUCGUCUGUGGUUAUUCCUUGUUCAUUUUCCUCUCCUGGGUCACAGAGAGUGAAGAGAGUCAUGUGGGGUCAGGAAAAGUCUCAGAGUUUCAUUUCUGAAAGUAAUUCAAGAAAAUUCCAGUACAUUGGUGACACACGUAGCAAUUGUUCUUUGAAAAUACACCAAGUGGAGAGAAAUGAUGCAGGAAAAUACUCCGUCAGAAUCAUUACGAACAAAGGCAAAGGGAUUCGGCCUACAAAUGGAAUACUCACACUGAAGGUUGUUGCUUUGCAUGUUUCUGAUUCAAGACGCAACAGGAGCGGAAUAACAAAGGAAGGUGACUCAGUGAAUUGACCUGCUUUAACCCCUGUGAUGGUGGAAACUCUUCUGCUUUCACCUGGUUCAAAAAUGGAGAACUUUUACAUGAAGUACCCACGCUUUAUCUCGGCAACAUGUCCAACACAAACUCUGGAAACUACACUUGUUCUCUGAAGACACAACCAGGAAGUACUUCAGAAGCCGUAAACAUCGAUGUCCAAUACGGUCCAAGGAACACAUCCGUCUUAAUCAAGGAGGUGGAGAAUAGCAGCAACUUCACCCUGAUCUGCAGCAGCCAGGCAAACCCCCCAGUGAAGUUUUACUCGUGGUUUAAAAAGGAUGAGGACAAUAUGGUUGUUGCACAUCGUUCUGUGCUCUUCUGUGGUGAAGGGGGCCAGUUUUUCUGUAACGCCGCCAACAAGCAUGGAAGCCAAAACUCCUCUCUUGUGAAUGUAAAGAGUAAAGCAUGUUUGACAACUUUGACCAGAGACGUGUUUAUUAUCACUACAGCUGUUGUGCUUCUGAUCGUGACCUCUGUCAUUGUCAUCACAAUAAGACUCAAGAAAAAAAGGGCAUGGGAACCAAAGCUGGACUGCAGGGAGGAGGUACAGAACACAGAUUAUGUCAACUGGCUCCCCUGUGACGAUAACCAAUCACAAGAAGGGAUUCAGCUUGAUGAAAGGACAGAACUCAUCUACGCAACUGUUGACCUCAUCAACAGAGAGUCAAACAUAGGGCAGCAGAUGGACUCCUGUAUGGAUGACCAAAGUGUGAUUUACAGCACUGUGUGCAGGCACCAGCUGUUGAACCCUUCAAACACUGAGGCUUCCUGAUUUGACAUCAAGAACAUGCAGUCAGGAAGUAACAAGUGUCGGGAUUUUAACUUUCGAGGGAAUUUGUUUCAGCAGGAUGCACAGCACAUGCAUCACAGGGGAGAUAGAUGUUAUAAUCCAGACAAAAAAUAAAACAUGUAAAUGUGUUAACAUUGAAUUUGAAGUUUUCUGUCCCUUAACACUAUUAGUUGUAAACAAGCAGCAAACUUUGGUUUCUCAGCUCCUUUAUUUAUUGGAAAGAAAACUGUACGGGGAUACAUUUCUUUACUUACUCAUUCGUUUUGACAAUUUUAAGACUAAGAAGUAUGCACAUAUUAUCGUAAUUGGGGGCGUGGCUGGGUUGACUGACAGGUAGGCGGGUGGCAGCUGUGUGCCAGGAGGCUUAACCCUGCAUUCAUGUGAUGUCAGAAACAUCAGAAAAACUAGCUUUCUAGAUAGUUGGAAAAUGCUCAUGAACGCCUUCUCAAGUCGGUACAACAACUCAGCAACUCUGGAAAGAAUUAGGUGCCUGACUUGACGUCAUAUUUGUCAUCACAUUGGGGGCAAAGGAUGUUUUGUUAAUGUUAAGAUACUUUUUAUUAAUUCACAUAUUUGCUCCACCUCUUUGCUUGUUUCUAGACUGAUUGAAAGUUUGGUUGCGAUAGCAUUUCCAAUAUUGGCGACUGCAUCAUUUGGCAUCACAACGCCUCAACCAGUAGAAGACGUCACUGGCACUACAUCCAUGUUUUAUACACUUGAUGGUUACAUCUCAGUGAGAUGCUGCAGAAAGUCACUAACCAAAACAGAGUGAAAGUGAAUCCCAUCAAAAACGAUCUCAUUAUGUACUAUCUGACUUUUCUUCAAAUCAAAAUACAAAUCAGCAUAAAGUCAGGAGAAAUUAAGAAAAACACAGGAAGGAAAUCAAUGUUUGGAACACAGGAUUUAAAGUGUGCAAUCAUCCCACACUCUUGUUCAGUGUUACAUCAGCCUGAUGUGUACAGGUGAUGCACAUCUUGGCUUCCAAAUAUUGUCUCAUGGGAAAUUUAGUCAAACAAGCCGGUCAGGGAACAAACGUUUGUAUGAAGCAUUUCCUCACAGUUCGCACUGCGUGUUGUUGAUUUAGUGCGUAUGACAAAAAAUAAAAUGUCUUUAGUGUGCAGUGUACUAUUGGGAUGAUCAUCUUAUCCCUGAUUCAAAAUGAAGGAACAACAGAGUCAGACCCCCUGCUGACACGUUUUCACAUGAUGCCUUUUACUGUCUGAUGCUUACCUCAGUGUCUGAGGGUGGGAAUCUUGCUCCUGGGUAAAUGUGUGUGUGUUUUGGCAUGAAAUAAACACGCUGUUAUGUUGUGCUGCAAAUCACUUAUA